UUGAACUCCACUGGAUAGGCGUUGCUUUCAGCUAAUCCAACUCGGAGACCGGAUGUUGUGGGGGCAAUCUUUCAUCUGUUUUCACAAUGCAAAAGAAGAAUCUGACGCCAAGUUUCGAGGAAAGGAAAUUGGACCAGACUGGCCAAUCCUUAAGCGAUGGGAUGUUCCUUGGAAAUGGCAAACGGUUCUCCUGAUCAUGGCUUCAUGUGGUUUAAGGUGCACUCUUUCUGUUUUAGUUCACAAAGAGGUCUUGUCAUGAGGAUUUUUACUGUAUGCUACUAGGCUAUGUAACGAUUUCUAUUUAUCUUCAUUUAUUGUAUGUUACUCGUUCAUGAAAGAUCUAUAUUUAUCUUCAUUUCCUGUUGCUUUGAUAGCAUAUUAAAGUUUUGUCAUAGAACUGAACUGAUUCUUUUUUCAGGCAGUUUUGUUUUGACAGGAUUGGUCGAGGUAGCACUUACACCAUAUCUAGGAUUCCAGAUUGGAGAACUGAGUUUGGAUGAGAAGGCAGAAGUAUUAUUUGUGGACCAAGCCAUUACCACUGCACUUGUACUUGGAGUUGUAUAUGGUCUCACCAACACUUUCCAGCCUCUUCCAGACAAUCUUUUCUGCUAUAUGGUUGAUGCUCCAGUUAGCUUGUUGCCAUUGAUUGGCUCUUCAAAUAUCAGUACUGCCUGUUUAGUGGGAAUAACAGGUGUUUUGGCUCCAUUACUUGAAGAGACUGUAUUUCGAGGAUUUUUUAUGGCGUCCCUGACUAAGUGGGACUGCACUGGGACUUUCUUAUGCUCAAACUCGCAAUCUUCUAACCCCCAUCAGUAUACAUGCUCUCUGGAAUUCAGAGGUGAUCCUAGUUCUCACUUUUCUUCAGCUCCAAGGAUAUGAUAUCAAGGAACUGUUGCAGGCCUCCUGAAUGCAACACAAACCAAUCUCUGUUUUUAUAGAAGAGGGAAGGGGAGGUUUUGUAGGUGUUUUUUGUUUUUGAUAAAUGGGGGGGGGGGUGUUGUAAGUUGGCUUCUCCAGUUCUCUUUUCAUGUGUAAAUUUCUCUCUUUUUUCUUUCAUUUCUGCUUUUUAUUACAAUAAUGUAGAACAACAAGAAAUAACUAGUGAAAGCCAAUGUAGAAUUUAGUAUGUAAUUAUGUAUUACCUUAAUUCAAUCACUGAAAAUAAGA